GGAUUCCAGAAUUUCAUUCCAGACUGUUUAGUGACCUUGGACCAGGCCCUGCUCCUCCCUUCCUCAGCCUCAGUUUCUCCAUCUCUGCAGCCAGCUCCAGCUGGCCAGGUUCCUGUGUGUAGACUUCGGUUCCACAGGAGGGGUGUGUGUGUAUAGGUGGUAGGUUGCGGGGGAUAAUAAGCUACUGCCCCAACCCUGACGCGUACACAAACCUCCCCCCAGAUCAUAGCCUUUGAUGAGCUGCGGACGGAUUUCAAGAACCCCAUCGACCAGGGGAACCCAGCGCGGGCAGUAAGUGAUACAUGUGCUGUGCCGAGCGCGAGCGUUUAAAAAACAUCGAACGCAUCUGCUGCCUCCUGAGGAAGCUGGUGGUUCCAGAAUACUCUAUCCACGGCCUCUUCUGUCUGAUGUUUCUAUGUGCAGCAGAGUGGGUAACCCUGGGCCUCAACAUCCCCCUCCUCUUCUACCACCUCUGGAGGUACUUCCACCGGCCUGCAGAUGGCUCUGAGGUCAUGUAUGAUGCGGUCUCCAUCAUGAAUGCUGACAUCCUCAACUACUGCCAGAAGGAGUCCUGGUGCAAACUCGCCUUCUACCUGCUCUCCUUCUUCUAUUACCUGUACAGUAUGGUUUAUACAUUGGUGAGUUUCUAAGGGGGAAGCCGGCCAGGGAGUGAGCCCAGAACGGACCGGACGCCUGUGCACCCCCAGCCCUGCUCCUCGGCCGAAGAGGCCUCAGCCCUGGGGAGGGAGGGGGCACUGGUGCCCCCGGCCUCUCCACAACAACCUGCCCCCCCCCGAAACUGCUGCUGCUGCGGGGACUCCCCCGCCUUCAGAGCCCUCCCCUUGGACCAGGGUGGGGCAGAGAUCUAAAUAGGGGCAGGAACUUCUCUGCCAGCCUGUGAGCAUGGCAGUCCUGGAAGGGGCAGGACCUCCAGCCUUGUCCAUUUCAGGGGAAACUUGGGCCCUGCCAUGGGGCAGAGUUUUACCCUGGAAGUUCUAGGCCACCCCCCUCCAUUCCCACCUUGAGGCUCCCCCUGCAGGUGGGGGGGUACCCACACCCAGGAAUGAGCAGGCUCAGCAGGGGGUCAGCCCCACUCCUAGUCUGCCCUCCCCCCAACAGGCUCUCUCUCCAUCCCUGUGUCUCCACUUGCCCCAACCCCAGCCCACCCUGUCUCUUGGACCUAUUUUCUAUGUUGCCUGGAGGAGUCCGGCACCCCCUCCCCGGCCAUUUGUGACAAAAUAUGAAUAAACUACUGCAAACA